UGGCGGCCGCGGCCAUGUCCCGCCGGGGGCCCGCGCAGGUGUCGGGCAGCCUCCGGCAGAAGGGGGUGCCAGGCACGGCCCCGUCGGAGCUGCAGGAGCUGCAGAGCCGCACGGAGUGCGCGGAGCGGCGGCUCCUGGCCUGCGAGAACCUGGUCGGGGAGCUGGGCAGCGGCCUGGCCGCCCUGGGCACCGUCCUGCAGAGCUACGGGCAGCUGCAGCAGCGCCUGCUCAACCUGGAGAACCUCCUCAAGAACAGGAACUUCUGGAUCCUGCGCCUGCCCCCCAGCUCCAAGGGGGAGAUCCCCAAGGUGCCGCUCACCUUCGAUGAUAUCUCGGUGUAUUUCAAUGAGCUGGAGUGGGAGAGGCUGGAGCGCUGGCAGAAGGAUCUGUACAGGGCCGUGAUGAGGGGCAACUACGAGACCUUGGUGUCCCUGGACUACGCCGUGUCCAAGCCCGACAUCCUGUCCUGGAUGGAGAGGGAUGAAGAGCUCGGUGACAAAGAGGGUCAGGAGCCCCCAUGGACACGGUCUGGGCAUGGUCAGGAGCCCCCCCGGGCAGCAGGAGAGAUGGACAAGGCAGAUGAGGCUCCAGGAGAUGAAAACCCCGUGGAAGCUGGCCCAGCAGCAGACAGUGCCAAGUCUAAGCCCAACGGCCGCACCUGCAUCAAGAGGGAUGAAGAGCCCAGCUCAUGGACACAGAAUGGGGACAGCCAGAAAACCCCACAGAUACAGACUGGGAACCGCCCGAAAUCCCCACGGACACGGAGUGGGAACAGCCAGAAAACCCCGCAGAUACAGACUGGAGACAGCCAGGACUCCCCACCUACACAGAUUAGGGACAGCCCAAAGUCCUCAUGGACACGGAGUGGGAACAGCCAGAAAACCCUACAGACACAGACUGGGGACAGACAGAACUCCCCACAGACACAGAUUAGGGACAGCCCAAAGUCCUCAUGGACACGGAGUGGGAACAGCCAGAAAACCCUACAGACACAGACUGGGGACAGCCAGAACCCCCCACAGACACAGACUGGGGACAGCCCUAAGUCCUCAUGGACACGGAGUGGGAACAGCCCAAAGUCCCCAAGGAGACAGACUGGGAACAGCCCAAAGUCUCCAAGGACACAGAUUGGGAACAGCCCAAAGUCCCCAAGGACACAGACUGGGAACAGCCCGAAAUCCCCACAGGCACACACUGAGGACAGCCAGACACUGCCUCAGACACAGAAUGGGGACAGUCAGAACCCCCUCCAGACAAGUGUCCCCAACAAUGAGAAGCCCUCACAGACACCAGAAGAGAUGGAGCAGCAGGAAAAGGCUUUGGGAGAGGAUCCCAUGCCGGUAGAAGCUGGCCCAGAAUCCCCCAUCCUGAUGAUGACUGUGACAUCCCUGGGGGACCAUCAGCCAGGGGUGGUGGCAGAGGAGGAGCCGGACAUGGAGGAGGACCCAGCAGAGCCUGACACUGAGGAAGCCUCACCCAUGGAAGAUGAAACACCGUGCAAAGGGGUUUCUCCCGAGGACAUCAAGGUAAAGGAAGAGGAGCCUGAGCUGCUGGCAGAGGAAUCCACACCCUCUCCUGGCUCAGAGAUCCAGAAAUGUCCCAAAAACGAGCUGGUGAAAGCCAAGAGCAAGAAGAAGCCGAACCGUUGCGAGGCCAGCAACCUCCUGAUGGGCAACUGCCGGCGCGGGUACGUGCGGGAAUGGUCCCACCCCUGCACGGAGUGCGGGAAGCGCUUCCGCCUCAAGAUCAACCUCAUCAUCCACCAGCGCAGCCACGCCAAGGAGGGGCCCUACGAGUGCCCCGUGUGCGAGAUCGGCUUCAGCAACAAGCGGCACCUGGACCUUCACCGCAGCAUCCACGUCAAGGACAGAGCCUUCGGCGCCAAGGUCUGGGGCAACGUCCACCCCGAGCUGCGCAUCCGCCCGCGCAGGGACCUGUGCGGUGGCACCCACGGGCCGCCCGGUGCUGGCCACGCUGGGGGGCCCUGGCUGGGCCAGCCCAAGGAGGAGCCGGACAGAGAGGGCCUGUCCGCCUCUGGGUUCACACGGCCGCCCGAUUCCAGGCUGAAGUGCCCCUACUGCAAGAAGUUCCUGUCCUGCUCCGUGUCGCUGCGGCGGCACCUCCAGACCCACUUGCGGGAGCGGCCCUACUGCUGCAGCUCCUGCAACAAGUGCUUCACCCGCAGCAAUCACCUCGUGCGCCACAAGAAGAUCCACGAGCGGGCCCUGGCGGCGCUCCAGCGGGAGGCCAACGCCCAGCCCCCUGCUGCUAUCCCGGCAUCCCUGCAGCACAGGGCUCCCGAGGCCAACAGGAGCCCUUCCCAAGGGAAUGGCAGCCCUGAGGCUGCGAAACCGAGCCUGCCCAACGUGCUGCUGUUGGGAGCGACAUCACUGGAGCACCAGGGCAAAGGCUCCUCGCUCCCUGAGUGCAUCAGGAAAGCUGUGCAGCCCGUGGUCCAGCUGGGAUCGAGGGCAGUGGCUUCGGAAAUGACCCUGGGACAGAUCUGAGCUGUGCGCAUCCCUGGAGAGAAGCUGCGAGUUUGUUGGGUUUGCACCUGGUGGGACACCAGGAUUGGGAAUCUGCUGCGUUUUAGGAGCUUCCUGGGUUAUAGAAAGAAUGGGAAGCUUGGAGAUAACAACAGAGAGCAAAUUGCAGAAGCCUCCAGUGAUCCAUUAUGCUUCACCAUUCCACUGACUUGCUCCUGUUGGUUGAUAUUUGGAAUUUUCCUAAGCUGACAUUCCUGGGAGAUGACCAGGUGAAUCCUGGUCAAACAGGAGCAGAGCUUUUGCAUUCCUUGAUGUUGAAGCUGACCUCUUGCAUAAGGGGAACACAACUAAAGAGGGCAGGGAGAAGGGAAAGGAGCUGGCAACGUUCCCAAGCAGCGCUUUGCUUCAUGGACCAAGCUUCCUGAGACACCAGAUGGAGAGUGACAUCUCUGAGACCCCACCACGUCCUUGCCACCCCCCACGCUGGGGAGAUCAGCCAACACCCCCUCCAGCAGGCUGGGAACACUGGAGCCUUGCACUGGAAGAUCCACAGGACAAACCAAACCCCAGUGUUCUGUGCUGGUGUAUUCCAGGGAUCCUGGCAGGUCCAUCAGGGAGGCCACAGGCACCCUUGGGAGACCAUCCUGCAUGGGUGCACAGUGAUUUUAGGAAUACUUGACAGGUCAGCAGCAGCAGUACCCCUGAUCCUCAUGGAUCUGCCUGCACAGAGCAGCCCCUCAGCUCUGGAGGAAACUCGCACUCUCCCACCUGCAGCUCAUCCCCUUUUGCCCAAAUUCCCACCAUAACGAAUUCUAUGGGAAAACAGUUCUGCAGCUACCUCAGUCGGGGAGGGGGGGGCCUGCCCGGAGGCAGCCAGUGGCAGCCAGGCCUGGUGCUGCUCCAGUGUCCCCAGAGCCACCAGAGCAGUGUCCUGGCCAGAGCCCCACAUGCAUCCCACGCACAGGAUGUGCACAGGGAGCUCAUCCCACCUGGAGCCAUCUCCACGCCGACCCAAUGGAGCAGCUGCUGGGACUCUUGCAUUUAGUUUUUUCCAGGGUUUUUUUGUUUUUGUUUUCUUUGAGUUGUUUGAUGUAAUUAUUUGAUAUCCUGAGGUCUCUGUCCCUCUCUGAGCAGUGAAUACUGGUAGGCUUUUCCCAUCUUUCAUUCCAAGUCACUCCCGAGGUGUGAUGGUGCUGCUACGGGAAGCUUUGGGAACCGAGGGAACACCUGUGCUACAUCCAGGUGUGAUCCUCAGCCACCUCCUGCUCCAUGGGACAGACAGCAGUGUCCAGGCUGCUCCCUGGGAAUACACAUGACAUCCCACUGCUCCUCUGGGUGUCUCACAAUUCCUGCCCCUGGGAUUGCAGUGUGGAGCACUCCCAGACAUCAGCAGGAGCUGGGAGGGGUGCCAGUGGCAGAUAGGGGGGUGCCUGAUGCCUUGUGGACGUGUGACUAUGGAUCUGGCACUGAGCCACUGGCUGAUUAUCCCUGUUAUCCCUGCCCAGAUAGAGAUCCAAGUGCUCCUCAGUUGAUCCCAGGGGCAUGGCUGAGCUGGUGUUGCCGGUGGGUGAAUCCCCCCAGGCCAGCAGAAGGACCAGCAGCCCCAGCCUGGCGUCUGCUGUGACCGGGAGCAGCAUUUUCUAUGACAUUCCCGACCCCUUUCUCAGGCUGUGGAAUCAAUAAAGUAUUUGUCUCUA